CAGGCCCCGCCCCUGGCGGCCCUCACUGCGGACCGAAGCCUGAGGCGACGACCUCGCUGUCGCCAUGGUGGCCUACUGGAGGCAGGCCGGCAUCAGCUACAUCCGUUAUUCUCAAAUCUGUGCCAAGGCAGUAAGAGACGCAUUGAAGAAUGAAUUUAAAGCAAAUGCCCAAAAAGCAUCUGGUGCCAAUGUAAAAAUAGUAAAAGUGAAAAAGGAGUAACGAGACUUGGCCUGUCUUUCAAAGCUUUCUUUUCAAAGUGAAGAUGUGUUGGGCCUAUGAUGUGGCAGUUUGGAAAUGGUUUUGCUAUGUAUUUGCUAAAGAAAAAAUGCCUGCUGUAUAUAAAUUGAUGUCAAUAAACUGACUCUUCAAAAAAC